GUCUUCUCGAUCAUUCCCCCCAAGAACAUGACGCAAUCCAUGACAUGUUCGAGGUAAUUUCUGGAAAAAUAACGUAGGGCAUGACGAUAACUAGCUUUCACCCGUCGUUGGUGCCCGACUAUAUAUAAUCGCUCCGCUUCCCACGCCUCUUCAGUACGAAGUCGGCAUUUGAUCGAGCGAGUUACCUUCAAAAAACAUAACGAUAAAACAGACAUGGUGUCAGCCGAGAAGGGUGUAAAGUUGCUAGACUUCUGGGUCAGCCCAUUCGGACAGCGAUGCAGGAUCGCUCUAGCGGAGAAGGAGGUGGAGUACGAGUACAAAGAAGAGGAUUUAUCACAAAAGAGCGAACUUUUGCUGAAAUCAAACCCAGUGCACAAAAAGAUCCCCGUCCUCCUCCACGACGGCAAGCCCAUCUGCGAGUCCCUCAUCAUCAUCGAAUACAUCGACGAAGCCUUCCCUGCCAAAACUCACAUCCUCCCCUCAGAACCCUACGCUCGAUCCCAGGCCCGAUUCUGGGCCGACUUUAUCGACAAGAAGGUCUAUGAUUGUGGAUCGAAGCUUUUGAAGUCAAAUGGGGAGGCGCAGGAGGAGGCGAAGAGGGAAUUUAUCGGGAUAUUAAAGACGCUGGAGACGGAGCUCGGCGGGAAGACGUACUUCGGCGGGGAUGAUUUCGGUCUUGCCGACAUCGCGUUCGCGCCAUUCACGUCUUGGUUCUACUGCUUCGAAGCUUUCGCGGGAUUAAGUGUUGAGAAGGAGAUACCGAAGCUGGCGGCGUGGGGAAAACGCGUCAUGGAGCGGGAGAGCGUUGCCAAAUCUCUGUACGACCCGAUCAAGAUUUACGAUUUCUUCAGCUUGAUUAGAAAGAAGUUUGUGGACGAGUGAAAUACGCUUGAUCAAUUAUUAAUCCAAUGAAAGUGAAAGAAAAAUUAAAAAAAUUUGUUUUAGAACAGGA